AAAAAGAGAGAAAACUCUAGAGAUAGAAAGAAAGAAAGAAACGAAGGAGAGAGAGAGAGUCAUUGGGUUCUCUGAGUGGGAUCAGCCGAGUUGGGUGACCGAAUCAAUAUAGGAGACACAACUCUACAACAACAAGACUAAGGCUAAAAUCACCCCCCAAACAAUAAGGAAAAAAAAAAAAAAAAAACAGAGGGUGCGGUGUGGCAAUAGCCAAAAGAUGGAGAACGAGGAGUGGAUUAUUAGUCCUCUUCUAUGCCUUUACCUCUCUCAUUCUCAUCAUUGUUGUUAUCCUUCCUUCUCUAACCCUAAUUCUAAGAAUCCAACCAUCACUAAAGCUAUAACUAUAACCAAACUCCACCAACAAAUCUCUGUUCCUCAAUUAUUCUUCUUUUCAUCUCCUCUUUCUAGCUCUCCUUUUCCUUUCUUCUCUCUGUUGCUUCUCUAUGCUUUGCUUUCUUUCUUGCUGAGGGUUUUUUUUCUUUCUAUUCUCUGCUACGAGGACCUCUCGGUGUCGAAUUUUCUUCAAGAUUUUUCUUCAUGGAAGAGUUUGGUCUUGCUCGAUUUGAUGGUAUCCACGGUGCUGUAAGAAAGAAAAGGAGUCAAACUUCUCGCCGGCCUAAGCCUGAUGCACAGCCAGUAAUUGACAGCUGUGGUCUUUCGCCCUCAUCAACCACACCACCUUCAGAUGAUGUGAGCAAGGCAUCCAGUGAUGAGAAUGUCGAUACUAAUUCUAGGAGGAAAGAGUUCAAUCUUAAUCAAUGUAUGUCCAGAGAUUCUUCUACUACAGAAGCUGAGGGUGAAAAGUCCCAUAUAAGGAAUAAGGAGAGCAGAGGAUUGAAUGCAUUUUACCGGAAUGAUACUGGACGAAGUGCAUUUAACAAUAAACGCUCUAGUGAAGGCAUCCUUGCUCCUGCUAAUUGGAAAAACUCAACCAAGGUGAAGGAAUCCUUUGACUCAGAGACUAAAAUUGCAAAUAUGUAUAGUGGAAGGAAUGGUGAAAGCCAGAGUUCAGAGCAGUCAGGUGUUGUUCUAGAUGCAUUAGUUAAUGAUAACAAGGUUAAAAAAGUUAAACUCAAGGUCUGUGGUGUCACACGCACAAUUCAUGCCAACUCAACAAAUGAUGGUGCAUCUUCUAUUAAGAACUCACGACACUCAGAAACUUCAAGAUCUCAGCAGAAGCAAAAUGCUCAGGGGAAUUUAGCUGAAGACCAUUCCAUUUUAGAUAAGAGGACUGGUUUGCAAGGGGUACCCUGGAAGGGUUUUUCAGCAGGUGGUUUUAGUCUUGGGAAAGACAGUACUUUUAUGGGGAAGGUGAAGAAUACAGCAUCAGGAAAACAAGGGGAGAAAUCUGAACCAGUUCGCAAGAGCAAGCGAGUUCCAAAGAGGCGUGUAUUGGAUGGGGAAAUUGGUGAGGACUCAGAUGAUGAGAUUCGUUACCUGGAGAAACUGAAAACUCCAAAGAUUGCAGCAGGAUAUAAAGAUGAUGAAGAAUCAAGCAAGAAACAGCGAAAGCUGUCUAGCAUGGACAAGAUUGGUGCUUCAAAGUUGGUGAAGGAUGGGAAGAAGAAAUCCACAUUAGACAAAGCAUCACAGGACACAGAUUACGAAGAUGAAGAAGAAGAUAUAGUCUCUGAGGGUGAGGUGGAUGGUAAUGUGAAGAAGAAACAGAAAAAGGAAUCCAUUGAUGCGUUAAUGGAUGGCAAGAGGGAGAUGACUCUAACCACGCGCCAACGGGCCCUUCAGUCAAGCAAAGAUGGGUCUACACCUGGUGCCAACUUAAUUGAGUUUCCAAAUGGAUUGCCACCUGCACCAUCAAGAAAGCAAAAGGAGAAACUUACUGAAGUGGAGCAGCAACUCAAGAAGGCUGAGGCUGCUCAGAGACGUAGAAUGCAAGUUGAGAAGGCCGCAAGGGAAUCUGAGGCUGAGGCUAUUAGAAAAAUACUUGGUCAAGAUUCCAGCAGGAAGAAGCGGGAAGACAAAAUAAAGAAGCGCCAGGAAGAAUUAGCACAGGAGAAGGCUGCUAAUGCCUUGAUGCUGGCGUCAAACACCAUCAGAUGGGUCAUGGGCCCAACUGGGACUACUGUGACAUUCCCCAAGGAGAUGGGUUUCCCAAGUAUUUUUGAGCCUAAAGCUUGCAGCUACCCUCCCCCGCGGGAGAAGUGUGCAGGCCCCUCCUGUACCAACCCUUAUAAGUAUAGAGAUUCCAAGUCAAAGCUUCCGCUUUGCAGCCUACAAUGCUACAAGGCGAUUCAGGAACAGAUGCAAACUGAAGCUAGCUACUGAUUUUGUCUGAAAUCUUGCUCUUGCUAUGAUGCCUGAAGCUAUUUUUUCAUAGCUAUGUUAAUAAUUCCAUUUAACUAUAGGCUAGUGAAAGAGCUUCUCCCCCCCCUCUUCCAUAGUGUAGAUGGAUUGCAGAAUGAUGCUGCUUUAUUUGCUCUUAUUUACAGGCUAUAUCUAUAGAAAUGAAAAUUUGCCAUAAGUUUUGCUGAAAAUGUUGGUAUUAAUCUGUUUUAUUUUUUUUCAUCAGUGUUGGAAGUGUAUAUAUAUGGCUAAGCAAAACCUUUUACCA